CAACGACUUUCUCCGACUCCUAUUUUUAAUUCCCAUUAUUUUCCAAGGUCGAGGACGCCACCUUGGACCAGCCCACCUCCUCUCUAUUUGUAUCUCCAAAUAUUCCCCACUUCGUCUCUCACUUGUUCAAGCUCUUCCUCUUCCUCUCGUGCUCUGUUUGAGAUUGUGGGAUUUGGGUUCUCUGAUUGGAGUGAGAUCGCAAAAUGGGUAGUUUGGGGGCGAUGCUGAAACACCCAGAUGACAUAUACCCUCUUUUGAAGCUCAAAAUGGCUGCGAGGAACCUGGAGAAGCAGAUCCCACAGCAGCCUCAUUGGGCUUUCUGCUAUACUAUGCUUCACAAGGUCUCUCGCAGCUUCGCUCUCGUUAUUCAACAGCUCGGUCCUGAGCUCCGUAAUGCUGUUUGUAUUUUUUAUCUGGUUCUUCGAGCUCUAGACACUGUUGAGGAUGAUACAGCAGUAGAGACAGAUGUCAAACUUCCUAUCCUGAUAGCUUUCCAUCGUCACAUAUACGAUCCCAAGUGGCAUUUUGCAUGUGGUACAAAGGAGUACAAAGUUCUCAUGGACGAGUUUCAUCAUGUUGCAACUGCUUUUCUGGAACUUGGGAAGGGUUAUCAGGAGGCUAUUGAAGAUAUUACCAAAAGAAUGGGGGCAGGGAUGGCAAAGUUUAUCUGCAAGGAGGUAGAAACAGUUGAUGACUAUGAUGAGUACUGCCACUAUGUGGCUGGACUUGUUGGUUUAGGUUUGUCCAAGCUUUUCCAUGCUGCUGAAUUGGAAGAUUUGGCUACAGAUGAAAUGUCAAAUUCAAUGGGUUUAUUUCUUCAGAAAACAAACAUCAUUCGAGACUAUCUGGAGGAUAUUAAUGAAAUACCCAAGUCUCGCAUGUUUUGGCCCCGCCAGAUCUGGAGUAAAUAUGUUAACAAACUCGAGGACUUGAAAUAUGAAGAAAACUCAGAAAAGGCAGUGCAGUGCUUGAAUGAUAUGGUGACUAAUGCUUUGAUACACAUGGAAGACUGCUUGAAGUACAUGUCUAAUUUGAGAGAUCCCGCUAUAUUUAAGUUUUGCGCUAUUCCUCAGAUCAUGGCAAUUGGCACACUUGCACUAUGCUACAACAACAUUGAGGUCUUCAGAGGUGUAGUGAAAAUGAGGCGUGGUCUUACAGCAAAAGUGAUUGACAAAACACGAACAAUGGCUGAUGUGUAUGCUGCUUUCUAUGAUUUUUCAUCAAUUCUAAAGUCCAAGGUUGACAAGAAGGAUCCCAAUGCAACAAAAACAUUGAGCAGGCUGGAAUCGGUGCAAAAAACAUGCAGGGACUCUGGAGCCCUUACCAACAGGAAAUCAUAUAUAAUCAAGAACGAGCAAAGUCACAAUUCAGCUUUGAUUAUGGUGAUGUUCAUCAUAUUGGCCAUCAUCUACGCGUACAUCUCUGCCAGCUCAAGAUUCUAAUGUAAGUUUCGUAAAUUGGUUAAUCAGUAGCUGGUCUGAUAAUCUUUGGUCCUAAACUGCUACUGCAUGACCCUUACGCCACUACAUCUGCUUUUCUUCUACAGCCUUUGUUGCCCAGAGUUUCCAAUACAAAUAGUUUUUUACAAAAAAGACAUGCCUUGCUCCAUGCGGCUAAUGUCUGUACACAAUAAUGACAAUGCUGCUGCAGUUGUAUAUCAUCAUAAAGUGGCUUAAUUUAUUACUGUAGCUUGCAGCGUCAUUUAGCAUGUCACGGAGUGAAUAUUUGAUUUGUAUUUAUCGUAACAGAAUUGAGGCUUUGCUUUGUAUCUUUUUGGAGAUAAUAUUUGAUUGUGCAAAAUUACCA